AAAAUGCUGAGCUCACUGUUCCCCCACCCUUUCGCCCGGCACUGGGCUCGUCCUGCUCCCUGGACAGAGCUCCCGUAGAACCAACAGACCGACCAACAGGGGAGGCUCCGUGAGUGCCACAUAGUGGGGAGGGGGUGGGGGCCAUCAUGUCAUCGUAUCAGAAGGAACUGGAGAAAUACAGAGACAUAGAUGAAGAUGAGAUCUUAAGGAGCCUGAGCCCUGAGGAGCUAGAGCAGCUGGACUGCGAGCUACAGGAGAUGGACCCCGAGAACAUGCUCCUGCCAGCUGGACUAAGACAACGUGACCAGACCAAGAAGAGCCCAACAGGGCCGCUGGACCGAGACGCUCUUCUGCAGUACCUGGAGCAGCAGGCACUAGAGGUCAAAGAGCGUGAUGACUUGGUGCCCUACACAGGCGAGAAGAAGGGGAAACCCUAUAUUCAGCCCAAGAGGGAGAUCCCAGCAGAGGAGCAGAUCACUCUGGAGCCUGAGCUGGAGGAAGCACUGGCCCACGCCACAGAUGCUGAGAUGUGUGACAUUGCAGCAAUUCUGGGCAUGUACACACUGAUGAGCAACAAGCAAUACUACGACGCCAUCUGCAGUGGUGAAAUCUGCAACACUGAAGGCAUUAGCAGUGUGGUACAGCCUGACAAGUAUAAGCCAGUGCCAGAUGAGCCCCCAAACCCCACAAACAUCGAGGAGAUACUAAAGAGAGUUCGAAGCGAUGAUAAGGAGCUGGAGGAGGUGAACCUGAAUAAUAUACAGGACAUCUCCAUCCCCAUGCUGACUGAGCUGUGUGAGGCCAUGAAGACAAAUACCCACAUCCGGAGCUUCAGUCUGGUGGCCACGAAAAGCGGUGACCCCGUUGCCAACGCGGUGGCUGACAUGCUGCGUGAGAAUCGCAGCCUCCAGAGCUUGAACAUUGAAUCCAACUUCAUCAGCAGCACAGGGCUCAUGGCUGUGCUGAAGGCAGUGCGAGAAAAUGCCACCCUCACUGAGCUCCGCGUAGACAACCAGCGCCAGUGGCCUGGUGACGCGGUGGAGAUGGAGAUGGCCACCGUGCUCGAACAGUACAUCACGUCUGUGAGUCCCAGAAAUAAUGAAUUCUACCGCACCGCCUUCGCCACUCCUUUCAGGCCACCGUAG